GGGGAGAAGGCCCCUUCUAGAAUAUACAGGAGUGAGUAGAGUUUUCUCUUCUCCAAAACCCCGACGAGACCAAACCUCUCAAAACCCUAGCAUAGUCUCUCAUUUGUGGUUCACCUACACCAGCAGAACUAGCCAUGGCGCUGAGCUCUCUUCGAAUCCGCCGAACCCUCUGCGCCCUCUCAAACCUCCAUCGCACUCUUUCUGCAACCUCUGCACUGUCAUUUUCACACGCUUCUUCCUCUCCUCUGCUCAAUGGCCCCACCUCAGCACAAUCUCCUGUAUCGCACCCGAAAUCCUGGACCCUCCUCCUCCAUUCUCGGACGUUCAGGUCGUCCUCGCUCUCUUCUGCUCGAUCGGCGCCGUACGACAACAACCAAAACGAGAAGAUGGACCCCAAUACGGUACUGUUCGAAGGGUGCGAUUACAACCACUGGCUCAUUGUCAUGGAUUACCCGCAAACCAACCGGCCUCCGGCUGAGGAGAUGGUCAGAGCUUAUGAGGAAACCUGUGCUAAAGGCUUGAACAUCAGUGUGGAAGAGGCAAAACAGAAGAUGUAUGCUUGUAGCACUACAACAUACACAGGCUUUCAGGUCGUAAUGUCUGAGGAAGAGUCACAGAAGUUCGAAGGUUUACCUGGAGUUAUUUUUGUGUUGCCAGAUUCUUACAUUGACCCACAAAACAAGGAAUAUGGAGGAGACAAAUACGUCAAUGGUACAAUCUAUCCAAGACCACCCCCAGUUCAUCAUGGAAGACAGCAGGGGAGAUACCACGAUCGUAACAGAAAUCCUGACCCACCAAGAUACAAUGGGCAAGGACCGACGCCUAAUCAGCAAGGGAAUCCCUCCUAUAAUCUGAAGGGGCCUAUGCAAGAUAGAGGGAACUAUGGGCCUUCACAAACUUAUGGCUCACAAAGACAAGGAGAUAAUAGAGGCCCUUUACCAGUGAAUACCCCUGGAGGGAGGGAUGCAUAUCAGCCAGGGAGGGAUCCAGUACCUUCAUAUCAGGGCAAUUAUAACCAAGCGGGGCAGCAAAAUUAUCAUCCCCAAGAACAAAGGAACUUCCCAGAAGGAGAUCAGAGGAAUUAUGCCCCUCCUGGUCCGGUGGGAUUUAGGCGAGAUGAUAGGAAUUAUGUUCCCCCACAAACUGAAACUCAUGGACAAGGUUUGGGUGGAUUUCAAGGCCAGGGAACAGCUGGAGCUUAUGGGCAAGGACCGAGCUCAGGAGUUUAUGGGCAAGGACCGAACUCAGGAGUUUAUGGGCAAGGACCGAACUCCGGAGUUUAUGGGCAAGGACCGAACUCCGGAGCUUAUGGGCAAGGACCGAACUCCGGAGCUUAUGGGCAAGGACCGAACUCCGGAGCUUAUGGGCAAGAAGGACCGAGGUCCGGAGCUUAUGGGCAAGAAGGACAGAGGUCCGGAGCCUUUGGCCAAGGACCGAGCUCCGGAGCAUUUGGCCAAGGACCGAGCUCCGGACCCUUUGGUCAAGUAACAGAAGUAACAGCUUCUGGUAAUGGGCAGUGCUACCCUGGGUACGGUGGAGAUCAGAGGUUUUCACAAGGGGAGCAGAGGAACGUGCAAGGUGAACAAAGCAACUAUGCACCCACAGGACAGACAGGAAUUGAGCAAGUAAGAGAUCCACUGUUUAGUAAUUGAGAUGAAUCUCACUUUUUUUGGUCAUAAAGAUGAAACUUGGACUUGUGUGGUAGUCUCAGUAUAAUUUCAAGGCGACAUGAAAAAAUGAGAGGAAUUUGCUGGGAAAUUUUAGAUGGCUCAUGGUGGUUGGUUUUUGCAGGGGAGGUAUUAAUGACAUGCCAAUCAUGACAAUGUGAGAUGGGAUGUAGGAAGGAGUUUUAUCAAUCAUUUGCCCCUCUUGUUUGAUCUGAUUUGAAGGGAGAUUGCUUGACCUUCUGAACUCUUUCCAUGGUACAUAAUCUGUCAAAUUUUCUUGUCAGCAUCAUUUUUUUUUUCCUAGUGAAAUCAGAACUUUUAGCUUUCCUCGUUUGUUUUACGAGCUUGAACUUGAAUUUUGCUCCUAAUGAAGUAUACGAAUGUAAUGCGUGCCAAUGAUGUUAUAUUUUAGUUUUGGAAAUGGCUAUUGGUUCCUAUUUAAGUA